ACAGUGUGUGGUGGUACGAUCAUAGAAUACAAUGCAGCAGGCAACGAUUUCUGUGUUGGCUGCGGGACGGUCUUUGAGGAGAAUGCAAUUGUGUCUGAAGUUGUGUUUGGCGAGUCGUCGAGUGGUGCGGCGAUUGUGCAGGGGUCGUUUGUAGGGCAGGGGGCAACACAUGCAAAGAUGGGAGUUCCGUAUAGGAAGAGAAACACUUCUGAAUCUCGAGAGCAGACAAUUGAUAAUGCAAGCAGGAAGAUCCGGAACGUCGGAACCAUUAUGCGUCUCUCGGAGGUCGUCCAGACAGCCGCAAUUCGCAUGUAUACUCUGGCUCUUGAACAUAAGUAUAAAUUUCUCCAAUUCGUCCAAAUCCUCAACCUCUAGCUCCAUCAAUGUCCGUAAUGAUGCCUUCAGCACCAUAAACAGAGCAAGCUGCAAAUGACAUAGACCCGAAAUUCAA